AUGAGAGUCCUGCAGGUCACGGUACUGCUCGUCCUGGUCCUCUGCAUGACCCAUGGGGUCCACGCCGACGACGCCCUGGUCUGUAACUGCGUGUUCCAGGUCGGGGGGCGGGGCUACGAGACCAUCGAGACCUGUCAAUCAGACGGCAAUGUGUGCGUGUCCGUCACCGGGCAGAUCCCACAUGUUUUUGGGUCGCGUCCCGUCUACUACAGAGGCUGCAUGAAGUCUACGACCGCCACCAAACUCCAGGACAUCGUGUGGCUCAACGUUCACAUCUGUAACACAGGCCUCUGCAACUGA